CAAGAAGGAAUGGUGAGUGCUUCAUCCCCCACACAAGUGAACAAGGAUGAACAAGAGGUUCAACGCAAAAUCCAUAAGCCAAGAUGGCUUGAGGGUUUUCUCACAAAAACUUUCUUUGACUCAUGUCCAACUCAUCCAUUUCGUAGGAAUGAGUUGAACAAGUAUUGCAUAAAUUGUAAUAUGUCAGCUUGCCAGUAUUGUUUUUCAUCAGGUCCUCAUCGCCAUCACAAGAUACUUAAAAUCUAUAGGCAUGUUUACAAGGAUGUUGUCUCCCUUUCAGCUAUGGAAAAGUAUAUUGACAGCUCACAAAUUCAGCCUUACAAGUGCAACAAGCGACUAGUUAUUUCUCUGAAUCCUCUCCCACAUUGUGGUUCAGCAAUAAAUAAUGAGGCAUCAUGCAAUACCUGCAACCGAAAAUUGUCUGAUCCCGAUUUAUAUCGCUACUGCUCCAUUACUUGCAAGGUCAAAGCUGUUUUAAGUAAGCCUAAUGAUUCAGAUCCUCCUUUCAUUUCCAUUCAAAGUAUUCCUCCUCCUCAGGAAAACCAAGAGGGAGGUUCUGAACCCCAAAGUCAAAAGAAGAAAAGAAAGGGAAUACCUCAAAGAGCUCCUUUCUUCUAAGAGCCUCAAGUGAGUGGCGUAUCCUUAAUUCCAAUAUGCAAGAUUGGAAGAAGUUGCCUCUUCAAGAUUUUUA